AUGAUUAAAUCUGGUGUUUACUCUGAAUCUGCUUCAGCUCCCAGUUAUGGUGUUGGAUAUGACUCAACAAUUAAUUAUGUACCAACUUUGGCUCCCCUUUAUGGCGCUGGUUAUGGCCUGUUUACGACUUAUAAACCAACUUUAUUUUCGAUCAACAGUUUUAGUUCUGUCUCUGUUAUUAACUACGAACGAACACCAAUUCCCUUUCAUGUAACUGAUUAUGAACAAGCUUCAGAACAAAAUUAUGGUGUUGGAUACGACACAGCAAUUAAUUAUGUACCAACUUUGACUCCCCUUUAUGGUUCUGAUUACGGCCUCGCUACGAAUUAUGAACCAACUUCAUUUCCAAUUGAUAAUUUUAGUUCUGACUCGGUUAUUAAUUACGAAACACCAAUUCCCUUUCAUGAUGUUGAACACAGUCUGAUUACAAAAUAUGAACCGAUUUUAGUUCCAAUUGAUAGUAUUUGCUCCGACUUGACCACUAAUUAUAAACAAACUUCAGUACCCAUUCGUGGAGUUAAUUACGACUCGACCACUAAUUAUAAACAAACCUCAGUACCCAUUCGUGGAGUUAGUUACGACUCGAUUAUCAACUGUGUAUCAACUUCAGUUCCUCUUUAUGGUGUUGGUUACGGCCUGGAUACAAUUUAA